AUGGAGGUGUGUGUCAUUGCCAAGUGCACAUAUAAGUCGGAAACCAUCAUGUUUUCAGUCUCAUCAGAGUCAUCCAUGGUUGAUAUUUUGAAGACUUUGUGUCUGAGGUUUAGGGGUUUGCAGUUGGGUUGUUUCACAUUACGGUAUUCGGUGCCCAGUUAUCCGAGUUGUUUUCUAGAAACGGAUAGCGAUUUGGACUUGAUGAGGACAUUUUUGUUGAUAUCAAAUGAGAAGACUGUUGAUAUUUUAGUGAAGGAUUUAUGCGGGAUCAGUGAAUAUAGUGGUGAUUUUUGUGUAAAUAAGGAGUUGAUAGCAUGUGAAAAGGGCGAGUCGUCGUGUUCUAGUACUGUCGAAGACAGAAACGAGUUUUUGGGCAGGUCGAAGAGAGCAAGUGCUAAGCCUUUGUUGUCAAAUGAGUGGGAGACAUACAUACAUCAUGUGGGGCAGAAGUUUGACGGUGGUGCAGAGGAGUUCCGGUUGAAAUUGUGCAAGUACGCUCUUGAAGUAGGAUUUAAUUUUUUAUAUGCCGGCAAUGACAAGAAGCGGGUGGUUGCUGUUUGUUCGAAUAAGAAAUUGGAGGGUUGCAGCUGGCGUGUUUAUGCUUCUCGUUGUGAAGCUACUGGCAGUUUUGUAAUUCGGACGUUAAAUAAUGUUCAUACAUGUGCGGGUCGGAUACGGGAAUCAAAGAGUAAGAUGAUGAGGUCUCGUGUGGUGUCCUCCCUCAUUGUGGACAGAAUUCGUGCAAAACCAGAGCUGAAGCCAGUUGAGAUUAUACACGAGUUCAAAGAUUAUUAUGGUAUAGACAUUUCAUACUACCACGCAUGGUUUGGCAAAGAGUUAGCUAAAUUGGACGUUCACGGUGAUGAGUCGAAGUCCUUCAACGAGUUAGUGUGGUAUGCGGACGCCGUAAAGGAAACUAACACUGGUUCUCUCUGCACUCUUGAUUGUGAAGCUGGAAUUAAUCGCUUUCGACGGUUUUUUGUGUCUUUUGGCGGUUGCAUUGCUGGAUUUCAAUAUUGCAUACCCUUGUUGUUCAUUGAUGCUACGUUUUUGAAGAGCAAGUACAAGGGGCAGCUUCUCUGUGCUUCGGGAAAGAAUGGAAAUCAAGGUUGUGAAAUUCUUGUUUCGUAUAGCCACGUGCUAGAAUUCCUCCACUCCGUACAGCGUUCAAAAAAAAUAUUAUUCCACGUGUCACCCUCAGCUCACGGGAGCCCACCUUCUUUCUUCUUUGCUUGCGCUGUCACAGUUCGCGCCCUGUUGUUAUGUUCCAGCAGGAAGCAAGCUCCCGCUGAUUUUAAAAAUAAAGAAGCCAAAAGGAAACGCACACAGAAAAAGCGCUUCUGCGCUGGUGAUUGA